AGUGAUUCACAGUGUUAAUAUUUUUGUUGGUGCAGGGAUGAAGCUGAGCGUCUAGCUGCAAAGUUCAAAAAGGUAUCUGUAGCAGAUGUAAUUGAGAGCAUGGAGGUCUCUGUUAUGCCAUUUGCUGUCGAAAAACACCAAAUCUCCAGUAUUUAUAAGCUGAAGUUGAAGCUAUAUCCACCUCUAAUUUAUCCUCCUUACAUGGAUAUUACAGUAAAAGACUGCAUGAAAACCAUAAAAAAUAAAUUUCUCCGGGAAUUGGAGGAUGCCAUUCAAAAUCAUCUGGACAUGCUAUCUAAGAUCAGUGGCAUAAAAAAACAUUAUGCAGACUGCACAAUCCACUUCUGCAAAGGAAGCAGGUGAGGAUGAUCUGGGCAGUACAUCUCAGGAAGUAGAAGAAAACAAUGUUGGCGGGGGUGAUGCUGAUGAUGAUGAAGAUGAUGAUGGUGGUGGUGAGGAUCUAGGCGUUGAUGCACAGAAAAGAAAACGUCAAGCUACAGAUGAGAUGGAUUACGAGGAUGAUAUGGAAAAUGAUAUCUCCCACAUUACUGAACAUGAUGAAGGGGAUCCAACCACUGGCUUUGAAAGCGAAGUUGAUCAAGUUGAAGCUGAAGAAGGGAAUACUACAACUGGUGAAAUUCAGGUAUUUGAUGCUGAUGAUGAAACCCCAUCAAAAGCUGGAUCUGUCUCCAAGUCAAAAUCAAGUGCGAAAAAGGCAAAAUCAGUAAUUGAUGGAAAGAAUGCCAGUUCAAAACGAAGAAGAAAAGACACUGACAGCAUUCCAUGUGAAAGCUAAGGGAUUGGACGUUGAGGUCCAUUUUAGAUUUACCAACGAACCUCAUAUUUUAUUGGCCCAGAUUGCCCAGAAGACUGCCAAGAAUGUUUACAUCAAGAAAUCUGGGAAAAUAGAUCGAUGUACAGUGAUUAGCCAGAAUGUAGAUCCUGAUACUCCGGCACUGCAGACUGCUGGGGUGGAUUUCCAUGCAUUUUGGAAUAUGCAGGAUGACCUUAAUAUCGAGAAUUUAGUUUCCAAUGACAUACACGCUGUGCUGAAGACAUAUGGAGUAGAGGCUGCCAGGGCAACCAUCAUAAAUGAGGUGAAAGGUGUAUUUGGGUCCUAUGGAAUAUCUGUCAAUAUCCGGCAUCUGAUCCUCAUUGCUGAUUUCAUGACCCAUUCUGGUCGUUACCGCCCAAUGAGCAGACAUGGCAUAGUUGAAUCUGUAUCUCCCCUCAGCAAGAUGACAUUCGAGACAGCAUCUAAGUUCAUUGUCGAUGCUGCUUAUCAUGGUGAGAUGGAUGACUUGGAGGCUCCAUCUGCAAGAAUCUGCCUCGGGCUGCCAGUGAAGAUGGGCACUGGCUGUUUUGACUUGAUGCAGAAGCUCGAAGUGUAGCGAUGACAGCAGUUCAGUUCAGGUUUCUCCUCUCACUUUCUGCAAACCGUCUCAAAACCAUGUCCAACAACACCAUGAACUUGUGGAAGCCAUCUACCUAUUUGACAAUACAACCAAGGUCUGGAAAGCCUUUGGAGUUCCAAUUUAUCUCAAUGAAGGUAGGUCUCGUGCCCCAUAUUCCAUGGAUGAGGGAUGUAUAUAAAAAAUUUUGCCGCCAUUUUCUGUUUGUUGUUUUCUUACCAUGAGAG